AUGGAAGGGGUCGUGACUGCACGUUUGAAGCAGCUGUCGCGGAUGUCGAGACGGCAGCAGGCCGAGUCUGCAAUGAUAACGCCUGAGGCUGGGCUGGGCCUUGUGAUUGACAUUGCUGCUGCGUUGGUAUCACAUUGCCAUGGGUGUGCUGAGGAGAUACACAGCAAAGAAAAAGCACGACAUGAGCCCACCAUGGGAUGGGUUGUGAUUGUGCAGCACGCACGCAAAUAUUGGAUUCAAAUACAAGUGGCGUACACACUCCGGGACAGCUGGUUCCCGUCGCUUUCGUCCUUAUUCCUCGGGCUCCACUAUGCACGGCUCUUAGUAUUAGCAGGUGCAGAGCGCCUUGAUACGACACUCACGGUUAGUCAGAUGCAGGGCAAAUUCUGGCUCGAAGUCAUGGCUAGUUCGGGUGUGGGACAUCUCAUGCACGAGGACGGUCCGACAAAACUGGCAGAGAUUCUGGCAGAUUUCUGGAUGUGCAAUGAACGCAUUAUGAUUCGAGGUAACGUUACCAAGAUGGUCGGGGAGGUUUAG